AUGCUAUCCACAAACAGAGAUCCAGGGCAGUCCUCUACAAGUACUGAGCAAGCUCUACACACACCCGUGAUGCUUAAAGAAGUGCUCCAUUGCCUGAAUGUUCAACCAGGGCAGGUCAUUCUGGAUAUGACCUUCGGAGCCGGAGGUCACUCUAAGGCCAUCUUGAAGACUGUACCGGACGUGACAGUGCUUGCGCUUGAUCGUGAUCCCGUAGCUUACAGAUUGUCCCAGCAACUUGCUGAAGAAUACCCAUGCCAAGUCAUACCAUUGCUGGGAAGGUUUAGCGACUUGAAACGCCUGCUCUCGGAGAAGGGUUUUGGGCCAGGGAGUUUGUGUGGUGCCCUGCUUGACGCUGGCUGUUCCUCUAUGCAAAUGGACACUCCAGAUAGAGGCUUCUCACUCAGCAAGGACGGUCCCCUAGACAUGAGGAUGGAUGGAGACAGGUACCCCGACAUGCCUCGCGCGGCUGACGCUGUCAACGCCUUAGAUCAACAGGCGCUUGCGUCCAUUCUGGCCGCGUACGGGGAGGAGAGGCACGCCAAGAAAAUAGCCGCGGCCAUCGUGCAGGCACGCAGAGUCUACCCUAUCGGCCGGACCCAGCAGCUGGCCAGCGUUGUGGCAGGAGCCUUUCCGGCAUGCGCCCUCUACGCCCGACGUGAUCGACUCCAGAGGCCCUCGCACGUCGCCACCAAGACCUUCCAGGCGCUGCGUAUGUUUGUGAACGACGAACUGAACGAGUUACACGCUGGGCUGCGGGCCGCUGAAACCUACCUGAAACCUGGGGGCAAACUCUGUGUCCUCACCUUCCAUUCUCUGGAGGACCGGCUGGUCAAGCGCUUCCUCCGCGGGGAGGACCUGGCUGCCCCGGUCCGACGCAGCGUCCGUCAACGGGCGAGGGCCCCCAGAGAGGACGAAGAGGAGGAAGGAGCAGAAGAGGAAGAGGAGGAGAAGACGGGGAGGGAGAAUGGUGUUUGGGUUAACCUGCUGAGGAAGGUGGUGAAACCACAGGAGGAGGAAGUACAGGAAAACCCAAGAGGACGGUCAGCUAAACUCAGAGCCGCCGUGAAGCGAUGAAUCAGUGUGGGUCAAAUUCGUGUCGACCCCAGGGGGUCACUUUCAGUGCACUGAGACCACAAAUUUUGUCAG